GUAUCAAAGAAUUUGUACAUUGAUAUUUUGGCGCAUUUUGAUUUAAAAAAACGAUUUUGACAGCAUCCACAGCAUAUAGUUCAGCAAUUAGCAAUCAUUACAAAUCUUUACACAUACUAUCUAUGUGCCUAGCAUUCGUUCUCUUUGUUAAAUCUAUAAAACAAUGCAACAGGUCAAUUGUCAAAAUGUUAUAAAAUCUCAACCACCGAAGUAUCUUCUGAGUAUAUUCAAUACGGAUGAAUUAAUAAAGAGACCAUUUUUUAGCGAUAUCAAGGAUAACAAGGGCGUGAAGAAUGCUAACGCUGAUGGUUUUCAUAUAAAAGAUAAAAAAAUUGUAGAAGUCGUAAGAAACUCGGAAAGGGAAAAUAAUUCAUUUCAAAAUGUUAUGACCACUUUAAACAGUAGUUCACUAGCAUCGCACGAUAGCACACAAUACAUACCUCUACAUAAUCCUUACCUUUUAAAUGUAGCAGAUCGUAUCAGCAAUGAAACAGUUAAUUUGGAAAGUAAUACUUCACUGGACGAAGAUAUUCAAGAUCCGAAUGAAACCUUAAAUGAUGUGGAUACUGCCAUGGUAAAUAGACCGCACACCGCACAGAAUUCUUCAUAUAUCGCAGAUAAAUCAAGUGCUGUAAAUCUGUUUGCCAAUGUUAACGGGAUUAGUUCAUUCCAUGAAUCGGAAAACGAUGGUUAUAAUCCGGUUGACUUUUCAUCGCAAGAAUUUGUUCCCGGAGAAUUGAUGUUAUCGAAUCUGAAAUUAGAUGAAAUUUCUUGUGCUAAUGGAUUCGUCGCAAUUCGAAGAAAAUUGCAAACCUUAGAUACUACAGAAAAACUUGAUGAUGACAAUAUAUCAACUAAUUUCAAUCCCGGAAUAACUUUGAAUUCAGCAACGGCGUUGGGACAGAAUCAUUCAAUAGGAAACUACUUUGGUACGCGUUCUAAUAUGCCGCAUAUUAUUAAAAAUGAACAAAACUUUCUUACUACUAAUCCUACUAAUUUGAAUCGCUUCAAAACUGGUUACGUGUCAAAAGAUCGUAGGAUCAAUUCUCUGCAAAAUAAAGAUCACGAACGCAAUGGUAAAAAAGUGGCAGUACACGAGCGAAACGGCCUAGAAAAUAAACAUUCAAAUGAUAAAUUGGAAAUACCGAAUCGGAAAAUGAAAAGUUCGAAAAGAUUGGCAAACACCGCGAAAACGCAUUCGCUCUUGCUUUCGAGGUGCGCAAACUCACACGAAAUUCCUAAAGAAGAAUUGCCUGACAAACGCAAGUUGAUUUUGAAAAAUAAAGAAAAUCUGGGAAGUCUGGUUCCGAAUAUAGUUACGAAAAAGCAGUUAAGUUUGAACGACACUCAAGCACGUGCCCCUCUUAAAUCUUGCGGACGGAAUUUAAAUUCAGUAAUAGAACGUAGCAAAUGCAAUUCUAAGGUUUCUGAACGUAAAGAGACUACUUUGUCGCAAAAUAGUGAACCAGAGAAAUUUGUCAUAGCAUCCUUAGAAGGUCAUUUCUUAAAAAGUGGAAUCAACAACAUUAACGCUUUGAAAUUUGAUGUUUCUGGCCGCACCGAUAGCAAAAAGAAUGGAACGGAUCAGUUUUCAUCUAAUCACGUCCGCUCCAAACGAUCGGAAAACGCUAAUCAAUGUGUCAACAACUUGACGACAAGGGAAAAAUCUCCCGAGCGAUGUAAACUAUCGCCGCCAACAACUUCACGUCAUUGCCGCUUGACGUCUUCACUCAACACAACUGCGAGCUGUCCGCCGCCAAAUUUCAACAUAAACACUAACUCUUGCUUGCUCACCGAUAACUUGGCGCAAACAAUUUGUAAAUGUACUUUAGCACCGUCAAAUAGUAAAAGAGAUCGAGAGUGCCCCACAGCACAUAGCCAUUCACACUGCUCAAUUUCGAAUGAAUUGAUUCAUCGUGAUUUUAAAAAAUUACUUUUACAGGUCACAAGAACGAAAUUGUCUUGGAAGAGCACCAAGUUACGUACAAAUUCCCGUAAGAAGAUGAAAGUGAAAAAUGCUUCGAAUAGUCGUUUAGUUUUACGUACAGAGGUUAGCGGGCCUGGAUUUCAAAUUUUCAAUAAACAGGACAGCUGGUUCGUGUUAGACUCGCAGGAAUGUCGCUUACUAGUCGUAAAUUUUUGCCCAACAAUUUGCGGUGUGGCAGUUGGAAAAGUUUCAUUUUACGAUCGAACUCGCAGUAACGUAAUCAGUCAGUCGUCUCUUCUGGAUAUUCCUCUUUAUGGUUAUGGAGGUCAUGUUUCUGUAAGUUUAGACAAUAUUGUAAACAGUCCCGUCGGAUGCCCUUUUAUACCCAUGGGACGAUUAAGCGAACUUGAUCAUCCACUAGAGCGAACUAUAAGCAUACGUAAUAAAGGACCGUUAGAAGCGUUUGUAGUGUUCAGCGUGAAUCCAGUUGGUUUUCAUAUAACACGUCUCGACAAGGAAUUCAAAAUAGAGCCAAAACAAUCGCUUAUUGCCGCAAACAGUUCAAUUGACGUCCGAAUCUUAUUCCAUCCUAAACGUGAACAAGUAAGAAAAAUUAGCAGAAAAAAGGAUAAGGUAGUAACUUUAGCCAACGUACGUGUAAGUUAUGGAGAUGAAGCAAGUCGCCAACGAGUUCGUAGGUUAAUUCAAUUAAUGUCGCAAGACGAGCGUUCGGAAAUGUUUUCUCAAGCUUUGGAAACGCUAUGGACUUUUUUUCCUGGAGAAGUGGAUAAAACUGAAUUAGACGUGCUGAGGGACAAUCCAAAUUCUGCAAUAGAACUGAUAAGUGAAAUACUGCGAGUGGAUGAAAUAUUACUUACCUUAAAUAAUGAUUUAAUCAGUGAAACUUUGUCAUCUUCAACGUUUUUUACGGAGUUCGAAGAUACAAAUGUGUUUCACACAGUUUAUGCAGUUAAUACGCCUGAUUGAUAUUCUGCGAAAACGACUACGAAGAUGCGAAAAGGGUAAAUAGAGAAAUGAGGUAAAUUACCGAUCAAUCUAAAGACCAUCGAAUUGAAUCUUGUUCCGACAAUGUCUGGUACAUUAAGCGAAAAAUCACUUCUAAUAAUAUUCGCUAGCAGCAGCAUAUUUAUAGUCAUAUAGUCAGGUUUCUCUCUAAUAUCUAUUUUAAUAAAUUUUAAUAUCAAAUAUUACUAACAUAUCUGAUUUUGAAGAUCGACUCCUACAUGUCUCCUACACAUCACGUCUCGUACCUAGUUUGCAUUUAUUAUUAAUUUCGUGUUAUUGCGAAUUUGCGUUGUUUUACUUUAAUAUAUAGAUUCACGUUGACCAAUUUGCCAGUAGUACCUUGUGGUCUGCGUAUUUAAAUUUUUAAUUUUUUGCAGUCUUAUUUUUUGAUU